AUGGCGUUGUCUCAACUGGGAGUUGCAGUCUUGGUGCUACUAGCAUAUCCGCUUGGUAGAAUAAUCUACAACAUUUACUUCCACCCGCUGGCUCAUCUACCAGGCCCUCGCAACUGGGCUGCGACCCGCUUACCAUUUAUCUGGGCACUGCUUCGUGGUACGAUCGUUCACGACUUCGAGAAACUGCAUCGGCAAUAUGGAUCGGUUGUUAGAACCGCUCCUAAUGAGGUCAGCUUCGCCAGCGGGGAUGCAUGGAGCGCCAUUUUUGCGAAUACAAAUCGCUCCGAGAACCGACAAUUUCUCAAAGAUCCUCUUUGGUGGGCAAAACCACCUGGAAAGCCCAACACAUUACUCAGUGCGAUCAGCCCUUCUCAACAUGCGCGCAUGCGCAAAAUGCUGUCUCCGAGUUUCACCACUCGAGCGCUUCGUGCGCAAGAGCCCGUGCUUCAGAAAUUCACGAAUCUUCUUGUGGAAAGACUAAGGGAAAAGGUGGAAUGCAGCACUGAGAAAAGCAAUGGCACCGAGGCAGAGAUCGAUAUAGCUCCUUGGUUUAACUUCACAACCUUCGAUAUUUUUGGCGAUUUGGGGUUUGGAGAGUCUUUUGAAUGUCUACAAAACUCACAAUAUCAUUCAUGGAUAGCGCUGCUAUUCAAUAGUGUAAAAGCUGCGUCCUUCCUCGCUGCAGCACGAUACUAUCCUCUGGUCGGAUUCCUAUUGAAGAAAUGCAUCCCGGCUUCUCUGAGCAAAAAGGCUGUGCAGCAUCAGCAGCAGAUCGUUGACAAGAUAGAUCGGCGCCUGAGCUGGGAGCUUCAGCGACCAGAUAUUAUGUCGCAUCUUAUUGAUGACAACGGUGAAGUGGCAUGGUGUCGAGGAGAGCUGGAUGCUACCUUUGCGAUGCUCACUACGGUGGGAAGUGAGACGACUGCCACUGUUCUGAUAGGCAUCAUGUGUUAUUUAGUGAAUGAGCCCGACAAACUUGCAAUUGCUACCAGCGAGGCACGCCAGGCGUUCUCCAGCAGCGCGGAUGUGACUCUUGGCUCGGUCCAAUAUCUUCCUUACCUCAAAGCUGUGAUUCACGAGGGUCUUCGACUCUGUCCACCCGUUCCCUGGAUGCUGCCUCGCCUUGUUCCCGAGGGUGGAGAGGUGAUCUGUGGGAAAUGGAUACCAGGAGGAACCCCAGUUUCCCUUCAAGCAUAUGCUUUGAAUCGCGACCCUAACACCUUUUACGAUGCUACAUCAUUUCACCCGGAGCGGUGGCUGCCGGAAGCCUCGAGCCCUAAGUCUGUGUUCUUCAACGAUGAUCGUCGUGCAGUUCAACCGUUCAGCGUUGGUCCUCGCGCAUGCUUGGGUCAACAUCUUGCGUGGGCCGAGAUGCAGAUGAUUCUUGCGAAGCUGUUGGUAGUUUUUGAUUUUGAGGCUAUUGAGAAUAAGCGUCUGAGAUGGGAAGAUCUACGAACUUUUCUACUCGUAGAGAAGCGACCGUUGGAUGUUCGAAUGAAACUGGCUGUCUAA